AUGUCGACUACCCACGCGCCGCCUGGUGCACCGAGUCCCGGUGAACGCGAUCCGUUGAUCUCUUCGCCAACCAACAUAGCCCCUCGCCUGCCACUCACACGCCGGCUAUAUGCCUUCUUCUGCCUCUGGGGAUUCAAGAUCUUCGUCAAUAACGCCCUCCGAGGUCUUCGCCUCAACAACUACCUACGAUCCAAAGACCAACCAACAUUGCAAACCUACUACGAUGUCCGACCGAACCUCGAAGUCCGUGUGUUCUUCCCACCAGGCCACACGCCUAACUCCUCCUCCACCAAGAACACCAAACUUCCCACCUACCUGAACAUCCAUGGAGGUGGCUUUGCACUCUGCGAUCCAAUUGUCGACGACUCCUUCUGCACCGCCAUGUCCAGGACACACAACUUCCUCGUCGUCUCGCUCUCCUACUCAUUAGCCCCAAUUCAUCCAUUUCCCACUCCAGUUCACGACAUCCGCGCCCUCAUCACGGCAAUCCUCGCGGAUCCUCGCCUUCCAAUCGACCACGACCGCAUCGCCCUCGGCGGCUUUAGCGCCGGCGGCAACCUCGCUCUCUCCGCCGCCCAGGAUCCCUCUAUCGGCUCCAAGAUCAAGGCAAUCAUCCCCGUGUACCCCGUCGUAGACUUCUCCGGCCGCUACAAGGGUAAGCAUCGGACGAGCGCCGAUGGCCGACCUGACGCGCUGGCGCGAUCUGGCGAAUGGUUCUCGUGGGGUUAUAUUACCCCAGGUCAAGAUCUGACGGAUUCGUUGCUGAGUCCAGUGUAUGCAAUACGGGAUAUGCUACCACAGCGAAUGUUCUUUGUGGGGGCGGAGUUUGAUGUGUUGUGCAAGGAGGCGUGGUGUAUGGCGAAGCAGCUUGCGGGGAAGGAGGUAAAGGGCGGUGAUGAUGACGAGCAGCCGAGUCGGGAGGAUUGGGAUUGGGAGGAAAACGGUGUGAGGUGGCAGAUGGUGCUGGAUCAGAGGCAUGGGUUUACGCAUGCACCGGAGCGCGAUGCGGCGAAGGAGAAGGAAAGGUUAGAGAUCACGGCCAGGUUGUGGGGCGAGAUGGCGGCUUGGUUGCGCGGCGCGUUGGAGGCGAGCUGA